UUGUCAAGGCAACAAACUCAAUGAUGUAAAUCAUGUUUAAAAAAAGAUUCCUUUAUUCUCCUUUAGAAUCAUUAAAGUUUUUCUAUUUUUCUAUCGUUUUUUGUCUUAAAAGUCAAUUGUUUAAAAGAUGACCGAGUUUCACGAUUCAUCAUCAAAACAAUCUAUUGAUACAACACCAAAAAGUGCUAAAUACAUCUCGAUAAUUUUACCCAGAAGUGUCCUUUCAACUAACCAUGAAAACAAUACUUCUAUAGAAGAAUUGGUACUAACGGAUACCGCGAAAGCUUUCGAUAAACUAAAACAAAUCAAAGGAUCUCGGUUGAGGAUUUUCGAUAGAUAUGAAGAUGCUCUGAAUUGUAGUCUCGAAGGUAUUGAUGAUUUACAGUUGAUUCCUGAACCGCCUAAGGAAAAGAUUGCGGAAAAUUUUCCUACACCUUCACCACCUGAGCUAUGUAAAUUAAGGAAAGCUAUCGAGUGUGGAGACUUUGAUUUGGUUUAUUCGUUGAUAACUGAAAACCCCAAAUAUGUGAUUACUUCGAGUGAUACUCCAGUUAUUUUGAUGGAAGGUCCUCGCUUCAAUGGGGUCCAUAUUGCAUGUAGGUGCAAUCAAAUUGAAAUUCUUGAAUUUAUUCUUAAGACAAUCAACAAUCCAGAUUUUAUUAAAAAACUUUAUCCAAAUGAUUCUGAUGCUGUUACAGAGGAGACACGAAAACAUUUACUGGAUUUAUAUUUGAAUACUCCUGAUAAAGCUGCACUUGACACUCCACUACAUUUUGCCUCCAAAUUUGCUGCUGCUGAUUGUGUCAAACUUCUUCUGACUUACCCUGGUUGUGAUCGAGAGAGACGUAAUAAGUUUGGUGAAACACCAUAUGAUGUUAUUUGUUCUCGUAAAAGAGAUUCUCAAGCAUAUGAAAAAAUCAAGGAAUACUUCGAAGCGCGUUUCUAUAUUUCAAUUAUGAGGAAAUAUGAUCGUGUUACCGUUUGUACACCUUCUGAAACACCACCCAAAGAUGAUAGCAUUUCUGGAAUAGCUGGUCCAAUGUCUCCAAAGCUAGCCGAGGAAAUUUAUUCAAAAUUAAAAUCACCUGCUAAAUCUACUUCACCUCGAAAAUUCAAUAUACGUUUAACGGAUGGUUCUCGAGGAGUAGAGAGAGUUGCACGGAUGGAGUGUAGAUAUCAUAAUCUGGAUUGGGUAGAAUAUUGGCCUUUUCUGAACUGUUAUGUCGAUUUAGCGUCUCCUGAGGGACUCGAAAUGUUAGAGAAACAUCUUGCAAAGAUGCAUGGUCUUGCAAGUAAGCAACCUAAUGGCGAAGAAUCCUCCAGCGAUAAAACGCAUGAAAAAAGCUCAGUAAGCCUCCUUUGUGAUAGACUAGGAUUACUUUCUCUCGCCUCAAACCAGAGUAUCGAUGGUGAACUUAUUAAAUCUCAAGAAGUAAACAGUAGUGAUGAUGAUGAUGAUUAUGUCACUCCUCCUUCAAGCCCGGUUCAAGUUGACUUCUUCGUAAAUGGAAAAUCAUUCUCUCAAAGUGAUAAAGAUGCUGCAAAUGCCUUGGCAGACAUAAAAAUAAACGCAUUCCGAUUUCCAUAUACAGCUCAAUGGUUACGAAAAGUGAAGCGAGAAAAAUCAAUGACAUCUCCAUCUGAAGAAACUUUUGUGAAUUUUUGUGAUAAAGUCGCUGCUAAUAUUGCACACUCAACGCCUAGAAAAAGCAUCAAUUUGAUUGAUUUAAUAUCACCCAGACGAUUCCACGGCUUAAGUGACCAACAAAGCUCAACCGAAAUUUCUGGUGAUGAUGAUGUCUUCCACGAAAGUUUUAGAUAGUCAAAUUUUAUUUUAAAAAUGAGAUCGAAGAGAAACGAGUACAGAAAGUGAUAAUGUUAAGGGAAAUUUUAUUAGACCGUUAGGAUCAAAUGGAUGUAAAGAUUUAAAUUUGCCAAUUCAAUAAAAUAAGCCAAUGUUAUUAAUUAA